AUGUCAAGCCAAACUCUCAACAUCAUCGUCCUCGGCGCCGGCGUCGCAGGCCUGACAACGGCCCACAGCCUCCUCGCCAAACUCCCGCCCACCAAAAUAAACCUCACCAUUGUCGCAAAACAUCUGCCCGGAGACAUCAAUCAGACCGAAUACUGCUCGCCCCAAGCCGGUGCCAAUUGGCGCUCCUUUGAGAAGGAGCCCAACCAGUACGGUGAAUAUGACAAGAUCGCCUUUGAACGCUUUCUGCAAAUUGCACGAGAAUCACCUGAAAGUGGCGUGAAAAGGUUCCCUAUGAGACUGGUUUUUGGUCCCGAGCAUGAUAGGAGUAAAGCAGGCCUCUGGUUUGAGAAAUUGGUCGGCGGAAUUGUCGAUGUUCCUAAGGACGAGUUGCCGGAGGGAGCUGGUUGGGGGAUUGAUCUAGUCACGUUCAUGGUCAAUCCGGCUGUAUACUGUAAUUGGUUGUUUGCAAGCCUGAUCAAGAGAGGGGUAAAAGUAGUCAGGCGAUCUUAUGGUCAUGUUGAUUCUUUGAUGUCUGAUUUUCCGAAUACGACUGCUAUAUUCAACUGUACUGGGUUAGGUGCGAGACACUUGGGUGGUGUGGAGGACACGAAGGUGCAUCCGACAAAGGGCCAAACAAUCCUGAUAUCGGAGCCCAAGAAACCGCUAGAAAGAAUGACCAUCUGGACCCAACCCUCCAUCUUCCCACCUGGAGAAUUUUGCCAUGUAUUUCCCCGACCUCUGGGCGGUGGUAUUAUUAUCGGUGGCGUACGUCUAGAAAACGACUGGGAUGACUCCUUUGACGAGUCACGAGUUGAGAGAAUCAAGCAAAGGGCUUGCCAGCUUGCCCCUGAAUUGGGUAAGCCAGAGGAUUUGCAGAUAGUGCGGAACAAUGUUGGAUUGAGGCCAAGCCGGGAGGGAGGGGCAAGAGUCGAUAUCGAAGAUCGAAAGGGCGCUUGGUUGGUCCAUAACUAUGGUGCUGGCGGUGCGGGAUAUCAAUCAUCAUGGGGUACGGCCGAGCAUGCUGUUGCAUUGUUUACUCAAAAGCUGGAUUCGGAUCUCGGUGUCCGUCAGGCGAAGCUGUGA